AUGGUUGACAGCUCCGUUCGCAUUGCGAAGGUCACCGAGGGCCAACUGAGGAGAAUUCGGACAGGCUACGACCGAAUGCCAAUUCUAAUUUUCAAGAAUCAACCUCAAGGAUUCAGCGCCAGUGUCCGAUUACUUGAUGAGGAGAUUGAGCAGUUGGAGUUUCUUCUGCAGAAGCGUCAGUUCAGGGGCAAGAUGAAAAAUCCAGACAUGGGACGGAGGCAGCAGGGGCAGAAGAGAAUGAAGGUGAUCUUGGAGACGGGGAGGAAUGGAAUCAGCGUCGGAAGCAAGGAAUCUCGGGAGAAGUUGAAUCAGGCAGGACAGAAUGGAGGAGAUCCUGCUAAGCGCGGCCGCCCUGCCAGGGCCAAAAAGUCAAAGGAGCAAAAGACAAUUGAGGAGACGAGAUUCGCUUGA